UAAUUGUAUUCAAUAUAUUCAGCGUUAUUUUCAUGUCAUGAGGAAUCACCCAAAUUAACAAUUUUUGCAGAAAAACGAGUUCAUGACCGAAAUGAAUUAUAAAUUAAUUCAAAAUCUUUAUAUUUAUUUAUAUAGAAGAUUUAUUUGUAAGAUCUAUGCCAGUUUACAGAAGUCCAUAAAAGAGCUAUAACGGGUCUAUCAGGACCUACUAAGAUUUAACAGUCCUUCAUUGCUGUCUGUAUACUUCCGCUCACAUUCUUCAUAACAGAGAUGCCCUGUUUGAGUGUUCACACCUUCACCUCACCCUCAACAUAGUUAGUAUUGUUCAGUCCCUUCGGAUUUCAGUUCAAAACUCGGUCAAUUAUUAUUAUUCAUGGAAAAAAUUAUCAUUGAAUCUGAUUCGUUAAAAUCACGUUUCCAGUAUUGCCUACAUGAAACAUGAGAUUGUUCGGAGCACAUUAAAGAUAACCUGUAACAACUACUAAAUAGCUAGAGUAUGUCCAUGGCUCGUCUGAAUAAAAGCAGAGGAAAAGUUGUGUUAAAUUCUAAUUAACUUGAACAGACAAACAUACAUACAUUUUUCAGUGUAAGACUCUAUCUUUCAGACAAUGGAGCAAAUGGUGUUCUAUUGAAAUAUAAGUUUUAAGAAACGUACUGUUAUUUAAAAAAGAUCUUUUUGUAAUUCUUGAAAAGUGUAACACGAGAAUAUUUGUUUAAGAUUAGUUAAAUGACUGUAACAUCAUAAUAAAACUAUGUAUUUGAAACUAUUUGUUUUCCGUGUGAUAGUUCUUCUCUUCCUCUACAAAAUGACAUAAUUUGAUAGAUAACUUUAUACAAGUUUGUUAUAGAUAUCAUUGAUUUACAAAGAGGAGUCGAAACUUUUAGAUCAUUCUUUAGCUAGAGAACAGCACUUUACUUAUGUCCUAAAGUAUUAUCUGUUCAAUGAUAAGUCGAGACAACCCCAUACGUCUAAUAAUGUUUAAAAUAUAACUAUAGAUCACUUUAUGAUGUUGACAUAUUGAUUUACUAAUAUCUUUAAAAGUUUUAAAUGUAUUUUCUACAAUCUUAUUUUUUCUUUUAUAUCUUUUAAAUAUGUGUUGUUUAGGAUACACUAAAAGAAUAUCAUAUUGUUAUUGAUAAUUCAAAUGUGUUUCUUGGUGCUCAAACAAUACGUAAUGAAAAAACUGGAGUACCUCAAAUGAAUCCAGCUAUUCGUGUAAAUGUUAAGAAUCUUGCAAAAGUACUUGAAGGGGAUAAAGUGAGCAUAAAUAUAAGAACACGUAUUGUUGGUGGAAGUAAACCACCGGAAAAGGCACGUUGUUGGACAGAAUGGAAAUCUUAUGAUUAUAAAUGUAUACUAGGAGAUCGGUCGAUGAAAAAUAAAGUGAGUCGUAUUGUUGACAAUUAUUAUAUUAAAAUAUUGGUUCUUUUUGUUCUAGGAAAGCCUCGUGGACGAUAUGCUACACGCUCAAAUUCUUAA